AUGUCUAAUAUGUCCUAUAACGGAGAGGCCGUCAUGGCCAUGAAGGCAAAGAACUGUGUGGCCAUUGCUGUGGACAGACGUUUCAGAAUCCAGGCCCAGAUGGUGAUCACGGACUUCCAGAAGAUCUUUCCCAUGGGUGACAGGCUCUACAUAGGCUUGGCCGGGCUGGCUACCAACGUCCAAACAGUUGCACAGCGCCUCAAGUUCCGGCUGAACCUGUAUGAGCUGAAGGAAGGUCGACAGAUCAAGCCUUACACCCUCAUAAGCAUGGUGGCCAACCUCUUGUAUGAGAAACGGUUUGGUCCCUACUAUACAGAGCCUGUCAUUGCUGGGUUGGACCUGAAGACCUUUAAGCCCUUCAUUUGCUCUCUAGACCUUAUUGGCUGCCCCAUGGUGACUGAUGACUUUGUAGUCAGUGGUACCUACUUCGAGCAAAUGUAUGGCAUGUGCGAGUCUCUCUGGGAGUCCAACAUGGAUCCAGAACACCUGUUUGAGACCAUUUCCCAAGCCAUGCUGAAUGCCGUGGACCGGGAUGCCGCAUCGGGCAUGGGCGUCAUUGUUCACAUCAUUGAAAAGGACAAGAUCACCACCAGAACACUGAAGGCCCAGAUGGACUGACCCCAUGCUCUGGU